ACCGACAGCCGGGCCGGGGAUAUAGGAGCGGAGCUACGAGCCUUGGGCCUCCUCGCUGCCUACGCCGACACUAGGCAAGAAGUUGUCCACUACAAAGGAAGAAAGAAAAGUAAGCUUGUACUUCAGACCAUUUUUUAAAUAUCUUUCUAAUACAGUGGUGUUCCAGAAGAUGAUAAAGAAAUGAUAGCAGCUCCAGAAAUACCAACUGAUUUUACUCUCCUUCAGGAGUCUGAAACACACUUCUCUUCCGAUACAGACUUUGAGGAUAUUGAAGGAAAAAACCAAAAACAAGGCAAAGGAAAAACCUGUAAAAAAGGGAAAAAAGGGCCAGCAGAGAAGGGGAAAAGUGGAAACGGAGGAGGGAAACCUGGUGGUCCGAAUCGGAUGAAUGGACAUCACCAACAGAAUGGUGUGGAAAACAUGAUGUUGUUUGAGGUAGUUAAAAUGGGCAAGAGUGCUAUGCAGUCUGUGGUGGAUGACUGGAUAGAGUCAUACAAACAUGACAGAGAUAUAGCACUUCUUGAUCUCAUUAACUUCUUUAUUCAGUGUUCAGGCUGCAAAGGAGUUGUUACAGCAGAGAUGUUCCGACAUAUGCAGAAUUCUGAAAUAAUCCGAAAAAUGACUGAAGAGUUUGAUGAGGACAGUGGGGAUUAUCCGCUAACUAUGGCUGGUCCUCAGUGGAAAAAGUUCAAAUCCAGUUUUUGUGAGUUCAUUGGAGUACUCGUCCGACAAUGUCAAUAUAGCAUCAUAUAUGAUGAGUAUAUGAUGGAUACUGUCAUUUCACUGCUUACGGGGCUGUCAGACUCUCAAGUCAGAGCAUUUCGGCACACUAGCACACUGGCAGCCAUGAAGCUGAUGACUGCUUUAGUGAAUGUGGCAUUAAAUCUUAGUAUUAACAUGGACAAUACACAACGGCAGUAUGAAGCAGAACGAAAUAAAAUAAUUGGGAAACGGGCUAACGACAGGCUGGAACUCUUACUACAGAAGAGGAAGGAGCUUCAGGAAAACCAAGAUGAAAUAGAAAACAUGAUGAAUGCAAUAUUUAAAGGUGUUUUUGUGCAUAGAUACCGAGAUGCAAUUGCUGAAAUAAGAGCCAUCUGUAUUGAAGAGAUUGGAAUAUGGAUGAAGAUGUACAGUGAUGCCUUUCUCAAUGACAGCUAUUUAAAAUAUGUAGGGUGGACUAUGCAUGACAAGCAAGGGGAAGUAAGACUCAAAUGCCUAACUGCAUUGCAAGGGCUUUACUACAAUAAAGAGCUUAAUUCCAAAUUGGAACUCUUCACCAGCCGUUUCAAGGAUAGAAUUGUGUCUAUGACUCUUGACAAAGAAUAUGAUGUUGCAGUCCAAGCAAUAAAAUUACUCACUCUUGUUUUACAGAGUAGUGAAGAAGUUCUGACUGCAGAAGACUGUGAAAAUGUCUACCAUCUGGUUUAUUCAGCUCAUCGGCCAGUAGCAGUUGCCGCAGGGGAAUUUCUUUAUAAAAAGCUUUUCAGCCGCAGAGAUCCUGAAGAUGAUGGAAUACUUAAAAGAAGGGGAAGACAAAGUCCGAAUGCUAAUCUUGUGAAGACAUUAGUAUUCUUCUUCUUGGAAAGUGAAUUGCAUGAACAUGCUGCUUAUCUUGUGGACAGUAUGUGGGACUGUGCAACAGACCUCUUGAAGGACUGGGAAUGUAUGAACAGUCUUCUGUUGGAGGAGCCUCUUAAUGGAGAAGAACCUUUAACAGACAGGCAGGAAAGCGCACUGAUUGAAAUAAUGCUUUGUACAAUUCGGCAAGCAGCUGAAUGUCAUCCUCCUGUGGGAAGAGGAACAGGAAAAAGGGUGCUGACAGCAAAAGAGAAGAAAACCCAGCUGGAUGACAGGACAAAAAUUACUGAACUUUUUGCAGUGGCACUUCCUCAGUUGCUAGCAAAGUAUUCUGUAGAUGCAGAAAAAGUCACCAACUUACUGCAGUUGCCACAGUACUUUGAUUUGGAAAUUUACACAACAGGGCGAUUAGAAAAGCAUUUGGAUGCAUUACUGCGACAAAUCCGGGAUAUUGUGGAGAAGCACACAGAUAUAGAUGUUUUGGAAGCCUGUUCGAAAACAUACCAUGCUCUCUGUAAUGAAGAAUUCACAAUCUUUAACAGGGUUGACAUUGCAAGAAGUCAGUUAAUAGAUGAGUUGGCAGACAAGUUUAAUCGACUUCUUGAAGACUUCCUGCAAGAGGGGGAGGAACCUGAUGAAGAUGAUGCAUAUCAAGUCUUGUCAACAUUGAAGAGAAUCACAGCUUUUCACAAUGCUCAUGAUCUGUCACGAUGGGACUUGUUUGGCUGCAACUACAAAUUACUGAAAACUGGCAUUGAAAAUGGAGACAUGCCAGAACAGAUUGUAAUUCAUGCACUGCAGUGUACUCAUUAUGUAAUCCUUUGGCAGCUAGCAAAAGUUACUGAAAGCAGUUCCACAAAGGAGGAUCUUCUGCGUCUAAAGAAGCAGAUGAGAGUGUUUUGUCAAAUCUGUCAACACUACCUGACCAAUGUAAACACUGCUGUUAAGGAACAGGCUUUCACAAUUUUGUGUGAUGUGUUGAUGAUCUUCAGUCAUCAGAUUAUGACAGGAGGACGUGACAUGUUGGAGCCACUUGUUUACACUCCUGAUUCUUCCUUGCAGUCUGAACUACUCAGUUUCAUUUUAGAUCAUGUCUUCAUUGAUCAGGAUGAUGAUAAUAAUAGUGCAGAUGGACAGCAGGAUGAUGAAGCUAGCAAAAUUGAAGCAUUGCACAAAAGAAGAAAUCUACUUGCAGCUUUCUGUAAACUCAUUGUAUAUACUGUGGUGGAAAUGAAUACAGCUGCAGACAUUUUCAAGCAAUAUAUGAAGUAUUACAAUGACUAUGGUGAUAUUAUUAAAGAAACGAUGAGUAAAACAAGACAGAUAGACAAAAUCCAGUGUGCGAAAACGCUUAUUCUUAGCUUGCAGCAGCUUUUCAAUGAAAUGAUUCAAGAAAAUGGUUACAAUUUUGACAGAUCAUCACCGACAUUCAGUGGCAUAAAGGAACUUGCUCGACGUUUUGCUUUAACAUUUGGACUGGAUCAGCUGAAAACAAGAGAAGCCAUUGCUAUGUUACACAAGGAUGGCAUAGAAUUUGCUUUUAAGGAGCCUAAUCCACAAGGUGAGAGCCAUCCACCAUUAAACUUGGCAUUUCUUGAUAUUCUGAGUGAGUUCUCCUCCAAACUUCUCAGACAAGACAAAAGAACAGUGUAUGUUUACUUGGAGAAGUUUAUGACCUUUCAGAUGUCUCUACGAAGAGAAGAUGUGUGGCUGCCUCUCAUGUCCUACAGAAACUCAUUAUUAGCUGGUGGGGAUGAUGAUACUAUGUCAGUGAUUAGUGGAAUUAGUAGUCGAGGAUCUACAGUAAGAAAUAAGAAAACAAAGCCAGCAACAGGGAAACGGAAAGUACCUGAAGCUGAAGAAAGCAGCAGUAGUGACAGUAUGUGGCUGAACAGGGAGCAGACAAUGCACACGCCAGUCAUGAUGCAGACACCUCAGCUUACUUCCACAAUAAUGAGGGAGCCCAAGAGAUUGCGACCUGAAGAAAGUUACAUGGGUGUCUAUCCUAUGCAGCCUGAACACCACCAAGCUCCACUCGAUUACAACACGCAAGUAACGUGGAUGUUGGCUCAAAGGCAACAGGAAGAAGCCGCGCGACAACAACAGGAGAGGGCAGCGAUGAACUACGUGAAGCUGAGAACCAACUUGCAACAUGCUAUUCGACGUGGUACAAGUCUAAUGGAAGAUGAUGAAGAGCCAAUUGUUGAAGAUGUGAUGAUGUCAUCGGAAGGGCGGAUUGAAGAUCUCAAUGAAGGCAUGGAUUUUGACACCAUGGACAUAGACCUACCCCCAUCGAAGAACAGGAGAGAAAGAACGGAACUAAAACCAGAUUUCUUUGACCCUGCUUCAAUCAUGGAUGAAUCGGUUCUUGGGGUGUCAAUGUUUUAAUACCAGAACAGCAAAUAAAUCAGUGGUGAAGUCAUUUUCUAAGUGGAAGAGGAAGUUUUUCAAUACAAAAUUGUGGUAGAUACAGUGAAAUUCUGAACAGAUUUUUCUCUAAGGAGAAUGACAUGCUUUCAAGAUCAAGUGCAUUGAAGGGGCAGUUUUGUUUGCCUGAAAAAAAAGAAAUGUAAAGGACAAGUAAACAAUUUGAGGAUAAGCUACACUUUUUAUUGAGGAAAAAUAAUCAAUAUUUUAUUUAUGUGCUAUCAGUUUAUUUCUGGAUCAUAAGAAUUAUUCCCUCUGAGUUUUAAUCUAACAGUCUGAGAGGUGUUUGGUACAGAUUUGAGCCCCUCUCUAUAUAUGUUUGCUGGCUAUACUAAAUAAUCACAAGCUCUGCUGGAUUGCUGUUUACAUCCAUGAUUUGAAAUAAUAAAUGAAUUGGUUUUCCUACAGUGAUAGAACCAGAAGAGUGUCAGUAUUUUAAAUUACAUGCAAACUUCAGCAACAGAAGGUUUGUGUUAAUUAAUCAUGGAAAAAGUACAUAAAGCAGAAUUUUAACAGCUUUUUAAUCUAAACCACACUUUUAUUCCAAAAGCUUCAUGCUAGUGUUUUCAGAAAGGUCCAUAAACUACGAACAACCAGAAGGUAACAGAUCUCAGUCAUGCUUGCCCAUUACCAACCCUGAAAGUUUGCUUGUCCUUUAAGAAAAAUGUAAUGUUGUGAAAUUCCUUCCAGUAGUGCCACUGUAUUUUGUCUCCAAAUAAAAGAAGCUUAUUGUAGUAUGUUUGCAGAAAAAUUCUAAACAAAAAUUAUACAGCUUAUUAGAGUGUGGGAA